AUGUCUACUCAUUCCGACACCGACGUGAGCCACGAAAAACGCAGCUUCAAAAAACCCACCAUGCCCAAUCUGGACUCCGAGUGGCUGACCCAGGUGCUGCUGUAUCUCAAUCUAUCAGUUUUUGCCAUGGCUGGCGCCAUUGCGCGUCAGGGAAUCACUCUUUUGACCGUUUUCACGGGCUCCUACUCUCCUUCGGGGCUUCUAUGGUGCAAUUUUGGCGGCUGUAUCAUCAUGGGCUGGUUGGAAGAGUCUGACAUUUUCGCCGUCAUUGAGGAGCAAAAGGGGGUUGAAAAACGCAAGAUCCCCCUCUACGUGGGCAUUGGCCCCGGCUUUUGCGGCUCUAUCACCUCCUUUUCGUCGAUUAUGCUCGAGGCGUUCCUUUUCGGAGCCAAUCAAAACAUCCCCAAAGCGGACUACCCUGACGCCGGAUACGGAGUGCAGUCUGUCAUGGCAAUCGGGCUCAUUCACUACUCCCUUAGCUUUGCUGGAUUACUAAUCGGACACCAUAUCGCCGACUUUUUGCCGAUUCCGUGCAUGUCUGUGCCAUUCGAGCGUGCGGUCUCGUUCGUGAUUGGCUGCUGUUCCAUUGCUCUUUUCUGUCUCUUUAUCAUCUUUGCCGCCGUGUGGAAGUCCUGGAGAACCUGGAUGUACCUGGGCCUUUGGGCUCUGGCUGGCGCCAACUUUCGAUUCCAGUUCUCCCGAAUGAACCGACUGGGCUCGGGAAAAAACCCCUGGGGUACUUUCACAUCGAAUAUGAUCGGCACCAUCAUCCUGAGCGUCGGAGUCAUUCUGCAAAUGGGAUUUGUUGGCGAUUCGCAGCUCGUGACUAAUGUGGUCCAGUGCCAAAUCAUCGGAGGAAUCGCCAACGGCUUCUGCGCUUCCCUGAGCACCGUGAGUGAUCUUGUGAACGAAUGUUAUAACAUGAGCUACAAGAGAGCCUAUGUCUACGGCUGGUUUACCAAUUUUUUCGGAUUUAGUCUGAUGAUUGUGAUUCUGGGAAGUUUUACCUGGACAAAUUCGUUGACCGCGCCUCAUUGCGCAUAG